UUUGUAUAAAAAGGCCUCCCAAGUUUCAAUUAUCAUCAGUGCCUUCCAGUGUGAGCUGCUAUUAAGGUGUUAGCCAAGCUAGGACUUCAACUCCUCUAAGUAGGCCUACUACACUGAAACUACCUCCAAUAUCUAUUUAGUCUUCUGUUCAACUGAUUGAGAACAAUGGCCAACAAGAACAGACUCUUGGCUCUGCUGGACCGACCCAAUGAACCCCUCUUCAUUCCCAAGGGUGAUGAUCAAAUCACAUUCAAUCUUCCCGAUGACUAUCUGGAGGACCGCUACAAGAACACGAACAUCUCUAACCGAUGGGGCUCCAAGAACCAGGUGAACCUGAAGCCAAUCACCCUGCCCAACCUGGACUUGCCCAUGCAGUUGGGCAAGACUGAGCAGUUCUCCACUUUUGUGCCCUAUCACCAGCAGAUGGCCGGACGGCUCAUCGAGAUAUUAAUGGGUCUCCGCAACCUGGAUGACCUGGAGUCGUGCGCCGCCUUCUGCCGCCAAAACAUGAACCCUCAGCUGUUCAACUAUGCGUUCUCCGUCACCCUGCUGCAUCGCGAGGACACCAAGGGCAUCGACAUCCCUCCCCUCUGCGAGUUCUUCCCCGACAAGUUCAUGGCUGGAUCUGUGUUCGGAAAGGCACGCCAGGAGGCCAACCUCAACGAUGUGGUGCCUGGAAUUGAUUCGGACCCGAUCGAGAUCCCGAUGGACUACACGGCGUCGGACCUGGAUGAGGAGCACAGAGUGGCCUACUUCCGAGAGGACCUUGGCAUCAACCUGCACCACUGGCAUUGGCAUCUCGUCUAUCCCUUCAAUGGCCCCCGCGCAGUUGUCGACAAGGACCGUCGCGGUGAGCUCUUCUACUUCAUGCAUCAGCAGUUGGUUGGACGAUACAACUUUGAGCGUUUGUGCAACAAGCUGGCUCGUGUUGAGAAGUUCACAGCGCUGCGCGAACCGAUCCCUGAGGGAUAUUUCCCCAAACUGGACAGUCUCUCAUCCAGCAGAGUCUGGCCUGCCCGUACACCCAACACAAUUCUCAAGGAUAUAAACCGUGAAGUAGACCGUCUGGUAUUUGACAUUCAAGAUUUGGAACGUUGGAGAGACCGAUUGUAUGAGGCUGUUAGUACCGGCCAAGUUGUGAAUGAACAAGGCCAGACCAUGAACCUACUAAACGACAACGGAGUGAAUAUUCUGGGUAAUAUUUUGGAGGCCAGUAUCCUUUCUCCAAACCGAAAUCUGUAUGGAGACACCCACAAUCUUGGACAUGUGGCUAUUGCUCUUUCUCAUGACCCUAACUUCAAGCAUUUGGAAACAUUCGGUGUGAUGGGUGACUCAGCGACCGCCAUGAGAGACCCUAUCUUCUACCGCUGGCAUGCUUUCAUUGACGAUGUUUUCCAAAAACAUAAGCAGACUUUGGCACCAUACACUACUCAACAGUUGGAAUUCAGCGGAAUGCGCGUGACCAGUAUCGAAGUGAACAGCAUGAAUUCGCCCAAAAACCAGUUCUCCACGUUCUGGCAGCAGAACGACGUCAACCUGUCACGUGGCAUGGACUUUGCUCCAAGGGGCAACGUCUUUGCCAGAUUCACGCAUCUCCAGCACAGGCCGUUCGAGAUCAAAAUUCAGGUGGCUAAUAACGGCCAGGCCAGACAGGGAACCGUGCGCAUUUUCCUGGCUCCAACCAUGGAUGAGCGUGGUGUGCCGUUCCUCUUCAACGAUCAAAGAAGGCUCAUGAUUGAGUUGGACAGAUUCGUACAUAACUUCCAACCAAAGAACAACACAGUGACCCGACGCUCGAACCAGUCGAGUCUGAUCAUCCCGUUCGAGAGGACCUUCCGCGACCUCAACGUGGCCAACAAUGCCAACCUGGCCGAAUUCAACUACUGUGGAUGUGGCUGGCCUGAGCACAUGUUGAUACCCAAGGGCACGCCUGAAGGAUUCCCCUGCACCCUGUUCGUCAUGGUAUCCAACUAUGCCGAGGAUCGGGUGGACGUACCCAACCGUCAACCUACCAGCUGUGAGGGAGCCAUGAUCUUUUGCGGAAUGAAGGACUCCCGAUACCCCGACAAGCGACCCAUGGGCUAUCCGUUCGACAGGCUGCCCCGAACCGGGGUGGACACCAUGCGUGACUUUUUGCUGCCCAACAUGUUCACCCAAGACGUGGUUAUCAGGUUCAGCAGCAUUGUGGAGCCACCUGGUGGCCGCCAGGGGAACCGCGGAGCGGCGCCGCCUAAGCGCAACUAAACGGAGGACACUGUGACUAAACGGAGGAUCAGAUCUGGCUCCAUAACAUAACGAAUACUUUUUAGUUGACAUGAUUAUGUAGAACAGAAUUCAGAAAUAAAAUGUGUAUAAAAAUGA